GAGACCCCCACGCACACGUGGGACAGGCCCGGCCUCACCUCCUCCCUGUUCUUCUGUUCCAGCUGAGCUUCGUCUGCGCCCAGAUGCCCAUGCUUUUCUUCCUGAAUUCGUACCUGUACGACCUGAACCACACGCUCUGCAAUGUGAAGAACUGCGGCACGCUGAGCAAAGGCAUGCUCCCCGGCUUCAACGCCACCGUGCUGCAGAGCCUGCCACGCAGCAUCAACCUCAUCAUCGUCGAGAGCGUGCUCAUGGGCGCGGCCUUCCUCUCCAUGCUCAUGGUGCUGAUCCUGUGUGGCUCAGCCUAUCGCCCCACGGAGGAAAUCGACCUGCGCAGCAUCGGCUGGGGCAACAUCUUCCAGCAGCCCUUCAAGCACAUGCGGGACUAUCGCCUGCGCCACCUCUUCCCCUUCUUCAUCUACAGCGGCUUCGAGGUGCUCUUCGUCUGCACCGGCUUCUCCCUGAAUUACGCUGUCUGUGCCAUUGGCCUGGAGAAGCUGGCCUACAUCAUCAUGGCCUACGGCUUCUCAGCUGCGGCCUGCUCCAGCCUGACACUGUCCAUGCUGCGCCUGCCCCGCCAGGCCCCACUGCUGGCCGGAGCUGCCGUCCAUGCCAUCCUGCUCAUCGGCCUGUUCUGCUGGGCGCCCAAGCCACGUGGCCCAGACCAGGCCCCCCUGCUCUACCUGGUGGCUGCGCUCUGGGGGCUGGGCAGCGCCCUGAACAAGACCAGCCUCAGCACGCUCCUGGGAAUGCUGUACCAAGACAAGGAGCGCCAGGACUUCGUCUUCACCAUCUACCACUGGUGGCAGGCGCUGGCCAUCUUUGUGGUGUACCUGUGGUCGGGGCUGCCCAUGAAGGCCAAGCUGUCCAUCAUGCUGCUGACCCUG